GAAAUAAGAGGGUUCCAUGAAAAUAUCAAUGAUAAAGUUGAAAAACAAAGUAAACAAUUUGAGCGAUUGUGAAUGAAUUUCUUGGAAACAUGAAGCGUUCUUUCUUUUUCUUUUAGCAUAUAAAGGGGUUGUGCAUUGGCUACAAAUGCAUAAAGUGGUGAGAUGGAGUUGAAAUGGUUGGCCUUGGUUCUUGUAGUGUUAUCCUUAGGAGCUGGGCUGUGUGAUGGGUGCUUAGAGGAGGAAAGAUCUGCUCUCUUCCAACUCAAACCUUUCUUUGAGUUCAUUAAUUAUAAGUUUCAACCCAAUAACUUUAAGUUAAAUCCAAAAAAAGAGAGUUCAUCAAAUUGUUGUGAGUGGGAAAGGGUUGAAUGCAACCCAAUAACUGGACGAGUCACGCAUCUUUUCCUUAAUUAUUCCGCCUACAAUAAGAUGGACUGGUACCUCAAUGCCUCUUUGUUUCUUCCUUUUGAGGAAUUACAAAAUCUUUCUUUAAUUGGAAAUUCCAUAGCCGGUUGUGUUGUCAAUCAAGGUUUUGAAAGGUUAUCAUUGAAAUUGGACAAGUUGGAGAAUCUUGACUUGAGUGAAAAUUAUUUCAACGAUAGCAUUUUAGCCUCCUUAAGUGAACUUUCAUCACUUAAGUCUUUAAAUCUAGCUUACAAUAUAUUCACAGGAUCAAAUCCUACCAAUGAAAGCAAUAAUAAUUGGAUGAACUUGAAGGAGUUGUAUUUAGGGGGAAAUGAAAUUAACAGCCUUGGGUCUUUAUUCCAUGGAAAAGAAGGAAUGAAGUUGAACAAACUUGAGGUACUUAGUUUAUAUGAUAAUCUCUUUAACAAUAGCAUAUUCCCAUCCCUUGCUGUGCUAUCGAAUUUGAAGUCUUUGGAUUUAUCUUAUAACCAAUUGGAGGGGGCAAUAUAUACAAAAGAUUUAAAUGCUCUCAGCAAUUUAGAGGAUUUGAUCUUAUCCGGUAAUGAAGUGAAUGGAUUUAUUCCAUCUCAAGGAAUAAGGCUGAUGAAUUUGAAAGUUGUUGAUUUGAGUCGUAAUGAUUUCAACAAUAGUAUAAUGUCAUCUCUUGCUACACUUUCAAAUCUAAAGACUCUGUGGAUUGAUAUCUAUCAAUGCAAUGGAUUAAUAGAUAUGAAAGAUUUUUAUGGUUUCGGCAAUUUGGAGGAGCUGAAUAUGGCCUGCAAUCUAGAUGCAGUUUGUAGCUUCUCAUUACAAUCAUUGGGCUUAUUCCGCACUUUGAAGACUCUUUCUUUACAAGGAUUUAAUAUUAAUGAAACCACAAUGCCUUCUUAUUCCCACAAUGCCUCUGUUACAGCAGAAUUUACUUCAUUGAAGCGUUUAGAGUUGUCCUAUUGUAAGGUCAAUAAAAACCUCAGUCGACAAGAAGGGCUAAAUUUAAGAAGUUUGGAAGAGUUGGAGUUGUAUGAAUCAUCUUUACCUUCAAACUUUAUUCAAGUUUUUGGACCACUCAUUUCCCUAAAAAAUUUGACCGCCCAUGGUAUUGAUGGUAACAACACUCCACCUAUGAAUGAUUUCUGUGAAUUGAUAAAUCUCCAAGAGUUGGAUAUCAAUGGCAAUAAUCUAAGGGGUAGCUUACCCAUGUGUUUCUCUAACCUCACCUCCCUUAAAAAGUUAUCUCUUUCUUACAAUCAACUUUUCGAAAAUAUAUCUGUCCUUAAGAACCUAACAUUGCUUGAAUCUUUGGACCUCUCUUCCAAUCAGUUCUCUGGAAAUAUAUUUGCCCUUAAGAGCCUAACAUUGCUUGAAUCUUUGGACCUCUCUUCCAAUCAGUUCUCUGAAAGUAUAUCUGCCCUUAAGAGCCUAACAUUGCUUGAAUCUUUGGACCUCUCUUCCAAUCAGUUCUCUGGAAAUAUAUCUGCCCUUAAGAGCCUAACAUUGCUUGAAUCUUUGGACCUCUCUUCCAAUCAGUUCUCUGGAAAUAUAUCUCCCUUAAGAGCCUAACAUUGCUUGAAUAUUUGGACCUCUCUUCCAAUCAGUUCUCUGGAAAUAUAUCUGCCCUUAAGAGCCUAACAUUGCUUGAAUCUUUGGACCUCUCUUCCAAUCAGUUCUUUGGAAAUAUAUCUGCCCUUCAAAGCCUAACAUUGCUUGAAUCUUUGGACCUCUCUUCUGAUCAGUUCUCUGGAAAUAUAUCUGCCCUUGAAAGUCUAACAUCCCUCCAAUUGUUGGAUAUUUCAAACAAUAAAUUUCACAUCCCAAGCUCAUUAAGACCCUUGUUCAACCUUUCAAAACUCAAGGUCCUCAAUGCAGAUAACAACAACAUACAUGCUGAUGAUCAUGAGAUGUCGUAUUCUUCGGCUCCAAGGUUCCAAUUGAGUACCAUCCAGUUAUCUUGUUGUGGAAGUGGUGGGUUAUUUCCACAAUUCUUGUACCAUCAAAGUGAGUUGUGGGUUGUUUUUCUCUCAGACAUAUAUUUCAAGGUGGAUCGAUUUCCGUUUUGGUUGUUGGAAAACAACACGAAGCUAGUAACCCUGAGUCUCAUGAAUUGCUCUCUGUCAGGGCCAUUUCAAGUGCCAUCGUAUGUGCAUUCUGCUUUAUCAUAUUUGGAUAUCUCCAACAAUGCCUUCGGUGGCAACAUCCCAGUAAAAAUGGGAGCACACCUACCAGUUUUGGGUUAUUUGAACAUGUCAAAGAAUUAUUUCAAUGGCAGCAUUCCCUCUUCAUUUGGUGAUAUGAGUUCCCUAGAAGUUCUGGACUUAUCAAACAACCAAUUGUCUGGAGAGAUACCUGAGCACAUGACUAUGGGCUGCUCUUUAUUACAGGUCCUUGCAUUAUCAAAUAACAAAUUACAAGGAUCAAUUUUCUCUGGAAAUUUUAAUCUAACGAACUUUUCCACGCUUGAAUUAAAUGGAAAUAACUUCACUGGGAUGAUCCCAAAUGUCUUAGCUAACUGCUCUUACUUGUAUAUACUAGAUCUUAGCAAUAACUCUAUCUUUGGUGAAGUCCCAAGUUGGAUUUGGAAUAUGUCAGAGCUGGCAGCAUUGGAUGUGAGCAGGAACCAACUCUUUGGUAGAUUGCCACAAUGGAGGGGGUAUGCUUCGAAUUUGGAACAAGUUGCCAUGGCAGAUAAUCAACUUGAAGGUUCAAUACCUAGGGCAAUUUGUAGUCUCAAUUUCAAACUUCAAUUUUUGGACCUUUCCAUGAACAGUUUAUCUGGGACUCUACCAUCUUGCUUCAAGCCGGUAUCGGUGAGGGAAGUUCAUUUAUUUAAAAAUAAGCUACAAGGAGCGUUACCCAAUGCUUUUCAUGAUAGCUCUUCGUUGGUGACAUUGGAUCUCAGCUAUAACCACUUGAAGGGUAACAUUCCAAAUUGGGUUAGCAAUCUUUAUAAAUUAAGUUAUCUUCUCUUAAGGAGAAACCACUUUGAGGGUGAAAUUCCAAUUCAAUUAUGCAAGUUGGAUCGUUUAAGCUUGAUUGAUCUUUCUCAAAACAAUCUCUCUGGUGGUAUUCCUUCUUGUUUAAAAGUUUUUGCACUGAAUUAUGCACCUGAGCAAUAUAUUUGGCAUCAAACUAUUUAUUACGGCAUGAAUAGCUCAGUGUCCAUUGAAGUUUCAAUAGAAUACACAGUAAAGAGCAGAUCCUACAAUUACAAGAGAAGAAUGCUUCAAUACAUGUCUGGAAUUGAUCUCUCCUGCAACAAGCUUACCGGUGAAAUUAGUUUUGAAACAAAAAACAUUAUGAAGAUCUUCACAUUGAACCUUUCUCACAAUAGCUUGACCGGACCAGUGCCACAAGCAUUUUCUAACCUCAUGGACAUGGAAAGUCUAGAUCUUUCCUACAACAAUUUGACAGGGAAUAUCCCUGCCGAAUUUGCGGUGUUACAUUUCCUGGAAUACUUCAAUGUGUCAUACAACAAUUUAUCUGGAAAAACACCUGAAAGGAUUGGACAAUUGGGAGCAUUUGAUGAAAGCAACUACGUCGGGAAUCCUUUUCUUUGUGGCUCAUUGGUGGGGAAGAAUUGUUCGCCCGUGGAAACACCAUUGACACCGACGGCUUCAGCUGGCAACAAAGAAGACCAUGGUUUCAUUGAUAUGGAUGCUUUCUAUGCAAGCUUCUUCGCAUGUUACGUGAUGGUGCUAUUGUGUAUCGCAGCUGUGCUGUACAUAAAUCCUUAUUGGAGGCAAGCAUGGUUUUACCAUAUACAUAUGGCCGUUGAUUCCUGCUACUAUUUUGUGAUAGAUAAUUUCCCCAGAAGUUUUUUUAGUGGAAACAUGUAGCAAAGCAAUUGCGGUUUCCGAUAAAAGAGUUUACAAGGGGUAUAAAGCUGUCGAUUGCAAAGCCAGGUUUAUAUGGAAUAACUGUGUUAAGACAUGGAUUUAAAGUGCUUUUCUGGAACUGAAUAAAAACUCCCACAAGCCAUAUUCUUAGUUUCACUGCUACUUCAGUUGGUUUGAUUUCAAUUUGUACAAAAUGUUAGCUGUCACCAGGUCUAGUCCUUCAUAAUCUCAGUAGUAGCAACAAAUAAUUAUGGAAGAUUGCUUGCUAUGUGUAACACCACCUUCAUGUUGAAUAAGUUUCUGUUCUCCACACACAAAUGAGCAACUUGGUUGCUUCGUUAUGCAUCCAAAAGCUUCCAAUCGCUGUGCAAAGUUGCAGUUUAUUACAUACAAACCUUCCAUAAUGUUUGUAUGUUUCUUCAAAGAUUCUUGAUCUAGAAAGUAUCAUGCUGCUAAAGUCUCAAAGUUUCACUUCUAACCAUCACAUUGGCAAAUGGCGUCGUCUAAUUACUGUUUCGACCAGAUAAGUUUAGUUCGUCUGAUUUUCAGGCAUUUCUUUUACUGGUUUCGAGGUACUGCUUAUACAAAGAACGAUAUCUCGCAGGCACGUAUUCCUUGAACCUGUAACAGAUGACAACAGAGGGUAAGAUCCAGUAAAAAUAAUCGAUAAUAGCUGCAAGCUAACAAGGGGGAUGGAAAUGAAUGACAGGCUAAAGAAUAUCAGUAGACAGAAGUCUAGGUAUGGUGUAAACUAGCAAUUUGUUUCUUUGCUAGUGUUGCAGAUAGACCUCUGAUGGCACUUGCAGCCUUUAAGGCUCUAACAUAUUUGAUGAUUUCAAACAAUGUUGGGCUUAGAUUUAUAAAUCAUUUACACAAGCCAAGAAUAAGAAAUUAAAUUUGCCACACUUCCAAUGAAACCUAGAACCGCAAAAUAUGGUUUAUAGCAUCAUAGGAUUAACUGGAUGAGUAUCAGAAAGUCUCUGCUCAAUGUAUACAAGGUUAAGCCUACUAAAUUAUUUUUCACAAUGCCUAACUGACAAUGUUAAGUAA